GUUGGCUCGCGUUUGGGAAAAAGCAGUGGAAAAGUUGCCUAUAGUCCUUAAAAAUGAUACUGAGAAUAUUUAUGGUGUUUUGUCUGUUUUUCACCUAACCGGUAUUGCGGCCCUGUAAACGGAAUUUAAACUUCAUUUUUUCCAGAAGGAUCCAGGAAGAUGGUUUGUAAGAGUUGGUGAAGGAUCUUUCCCUGAUCUCAGAAGAGUGUGUUCAGCAUGGACAUGGAGGAUUUCCCCCCUCCUCCACCUGACCUGUUGGAUGACGAAGAUGAAGGUGAGACGUUUGAGUUUGAUGACAGUGGUGAUGAAGCCCCCGAGGCAGAUCGGCCACCCCCUGAACCUGAGGGAAUCUUAAUGCAUCCACCCUGCUCAUCAACAGCCGAGGACGCACCCGUAAAUGGAACAAGUCCAAACCCAGAGAACUUACUCACUGCAGAGGCUGAUCUGCCCCCUCCACCUCAGGACUGCCCCACUAAUAACAGCUCUUUGGCUCAUGCACCCUUCCCACAGUGUGAUCUACCCCCUCCUCCCAUAGAGCUGUGUCAGAAUGCAGCAGAACGCCAGGACAGAGACCCUCCUCCACCAUCAGAGGGCGCUAUAGGAGCUGCUGUUGACAGCGAGCAGGACGUGAACAGAGGUGCCGGUGUGGUUACCACCUCUGCGUCCAACUCCAAGCUCAAAGUCAGCCCCUACUCUGUGAUUGACAUCGCCCCUAUCCAGCAGCAUCUGCUGUCAGAGCAGAGCGGCCCUCCCUACUCUCCCCCAGCCAAUGAGAGUGAAAGAGACAUUCAGGAUGUACCCAGUAGCCCUGGGUUGCCCUCUGGGUAUUCAGUGCCAGUGCCCUGUGGUUAUGCAACGCCCUCAAAUGUGCCGGUGAUCCCACCAACCUACACCACCCCAGUUAUCAUCCGACACUUCUCUAUGGAUGAAGAUGUGACUGUGGUGGGAGCAGGAAAUACUCCAGUGGACAGUGUUUUCAGUGAAGAGUGUCCAGUCAUCAGAGAGGAAGAUGCUCUUACCAAGUGGGUGUCAGACCCAGCAAACACGGCCUGGAUGGAGAGUCCAGAUGAAGUGAUUUAUGAUGAUGUACCAAGAGAGAACUCUGGAUCAACUACAGACCCAGAUGAGAUGAUCUAUGAUGAUGUUGAGUUCGGGGAAGAGGGCGGCAGCAGCUCUCUGGACAACGGCUGGAGCUCCAGUGAGUUUGAGAGCUACGAGGAAGCCAGUGACACAGAGAAUGGACAUGGAGAGAAUGGCCUCCCAGAUGCCUUUGUCAGGGGCCGUGCACCCAGCAAGAAAACGCAUCUGUCUGAAGAUCUGGCGCGUUUGAAAGAGCACUAUGAGAGAAAGAUGCGAGAUCUCAUGGCAAACACAGUGGGGACAGUAGAGCUACAGCAGCUCAAACACAAACAUGAGCAAAAGAUGCAGCGACUUGUAAAAGCAGCCAAAGAUGGGACUAAAGAUGGUCUGCAGAAAACCAAAGCCGCGGUGAGAAAGGGACGAUCUUUCAUCCGCACCAGAUCUCUCUGUCAUGAGAAGAAACCCAACUGCUUUGAUGAAGAGUCAGAUCUGUUCAUCGAGGUGGAGUGUUUUAAUGUGGACCCGGUGCUGGGACCUGCACCUGAUGGGCUCUCUCAACACCAGGUGAUGAGGAGAUGCAUUCUGGAGAUGAUUCUAGAGAGUGAGAAGAAUUAUCUGGAAGCUCUGAAGAGAAUUUUAGAGCAAUAUGAGAAGCCGCUUGCUGAGAUUGAGCCUCGGUUACUGAGUGACCGCAAGCGCAAGGUGAUGUUUUAUCGGAUUCGGGAGAUCCUGCAGUGCCACGCCCUGUUCCAGAUGGCACUGGCCAGCCGUGUGUCCGACUGGGAUGAGCUGGAAAUGAUCGGAGAUGUGUUUGUAGCAUCGUUUUCUAAGUCCAUGGUGUUGGAUGCUUACAGUGAAUAUGUGAAUAACUUCAGCUUGGCAAUGGGAGUGGUGCGGAAGGCGUGUGCCGCUAAGCCCUGUUUCCUUGACUUCCUCAAGCAUCGUCAGGAGACCAGUAAAGACCGUCUGACCCUCUAUGGACUGAUGAUGAAGCCUAUUCAGCGGUUCCCUCAGUUUAUACUGCUGCUGCAAGACAUGCUAAAAAACACGCCGGUGGGUCAUCCCGACCGUCUUCCGCUUCAGAUGGCUCUCACUGAACUGGAAACACUUGCCGAAAAAUUAAAUGAGAGGAAAAGAGAGGCAGAUCAGCGCUGUGAGAUCAGACACAUCGCUAAGGCUGUGAAUGAACAUUACCUCAACAAGCUGCUGAGCAGCGGCAGCCGUUAUCUAAUUCGUUCUGAUGAUGUUGUGGAAACCGUUUAUAAUGAUCGUGGGGAGAUCAUUAAGACAAAAGAACGAAGAGUCUUUCUUCUGAAUGAUGUGCUCAUGUGUGCCACCCCCAACUGGCGCCCCUCUCAGGAUGGAGUGAAUGUGGGAGCUGGAGGUGAAGGUGUCCCCUCAGGACAGCGCUUCCUGCUCAAGUGGAGCGUUCCUUUGAGUUUGGUUGAGGUUGUAGAGUUUGGCUCCAGCGACGAGAUGGGCGACUCCCGUUUUCCCCCCUCGCACUCAGGAGAUAAAGUCGUCAUUAAUGCUAAACCUAGUAAGUUCCUAGAUUACUACUCAAACCACAACUAUGUCAUUCGGGCAGCUGAUCGCUGUAGGAUACAACUACAGUUACCAGGGAAACAAGACAAGUAUGGUAGACCCACGUUCUUCACUGCGGUCUUCAACACUUUCAGUCCAUCUAUCAAGCAAGCUUGGAUCAGUAAUAUGCAGAUGGCUAAAUUGGCUCUACAGGAAGACAACAUCCUAGGCUGGUUUUGUGCUGAAGAUGAUGGUAAUCAGAUGAGGAAGCAAAACCAUCCUCUUUUACUCAAGCAGAUGGCUGUGGUCAUGUCAAAACUGCAGGAGUUCAAGGUGGAGUGUGCAGUUCACAACCCUGAGCCUCAUGUGAACACUGACAGCACUGCAGAUCUGCCUGUUAUGGGUCACGGAUGUGUAUGGGUGGCCAGCUGCACCAAUCACAUGGGUCAGGUCUCCAUUGUGGCAUUGCAGAACUCAAAUCCCAAAGUAACCGAGUGUUUUAAUGUGGAGUCGCGUAUUCUCUGCAUGACGUAUGUGCCUCUGGAUGAGCCCUUGGAAAAUGGUGAGAUGAAGCCUGAGGACCGGAAAGCCAGUGGCACACCGACUGUGUGUCUGGGAAUGGAGGAAGGCAGUAUAUCUGUGUAUAAGAGCAGCCAACGGUCUAAGAAGGUUCGUCUGCAGCACUUCUUCUCCCCUGAUAAGUCCAGUGUCACAUGUCUGGUGUACAAGAGUGGGUGUCUGUAUGCAGGCUUGGUCAGUGGUUCUCUGGUCGUCUACUCCAGGGCUGAUGACGGUUCCUGGGUCGAGUCAGGGGCCCGUGUGCUGAAGCUGGGGGUGUUGCCAGUUAAAGCCCUGCUGGUGGUGGGUGAACACGUCUGGGCCUCAUCAGGAGGGCAGAUCUUCAUCAUCAGCACACAGACACACACUGUGGAGCGUCAGUUUGAAGCCCAUCAGGAAGAGGGAAUGGUUGUGUCCCACAUGGUGGUGGCCGGGGUCGGGAUCUGGAUAUCCUUCAGCACCGGCUCCACCAUCCGACUCUUCCACACAGAGACUCUCGACCACCUGCAAGACAUCAAUAUCGCCACAGCUGUCAGCAACAUACUCCCAGGACAGCAGAGAGUCUCUGUGAGCAGUCUGUUAGUGUGUCACGGACUGCUGUUGGUGGGGACCAAUCUUGGGGUCACUGUGGCCCUGUCCGUGCCCAGACUGCAGGGCAUCCCAAAAGUCACAGGUCGAGGAAUGGUCUCUUUUCAUGCUCACCAUGGCCCAGUCAAGUUCCUCACGAUGGCAACAGCAGUGUGUAAUGUCUCCCAAGCAACCAUGGCAACUCUCACCUCCAGCACACCCAGCCAGUGCCAGCCUGGGGCCCCCGAGGUGGAGGGAACCCAACUGGACGAGAGCUGCUCUGGGGUGGGGUGCAGCAGUACCAGCUCUCCCUCACAUGCUCCAGUUCUCCAGGACUCCCUGUCCUCCUCAUGUGGGUCUCUGGCUCUGUCUCAGGGCUCUUUAGAGCACGGCUCAGAGGACGGGGCGAUAUACGACCUGCUGAACGAGCCGGCGCACUUCCAGAAGGCCAAGCAGACUGAGAAAGUAAAUGUGAGCUCAUUGUUGGUGGUGUCUGGAGGACUGGGACACCGCAGAAUCAACAGAAAAACAAAACAGUCUAAGCACGAGGAGAUGGUGUCCACUAUUAUGGUGUGGCAAAUACCACUGCCCAGCCUGUGAGAGAAAAAGAUGGAGGUAUUCAGAGAAUGGCCACUGCACGUCAGAGAGAGCAGUUCCUUAGACUGACCUUGCAUUCAGUCAUGGGCUGACAGGGGGGAAAAGAUUAAUGAAUGAAGGGGGAAAAAAAGAAUGUGUUCCAGGAAUGAGCUGAACUACCAAGUACUCGGUCAUGCAUAGUGUUUUACCACUUUCACCCGAAUUAAAAAGUGCAUUUGUGAAAAUGUGAGUACCACUGCAGUGUGAUAAUAUUCAGGUCUAAUUGUGGAAAUAUAACAUUUUUAACUGCUAGGUAAUUACAUUUCACA